GGUCGCGGCCACGCCCCCGUCACGUGACCGCUCCCCGCCUCCCUCAAGUCAUGCCCCGCAAACGCCCGUUCAGCGCCAAGAGGAAAAAACAGCAACUGCGGGACCGGCGGGAGAGGAAACGGGGAGAUGCCCCGGGGGGACCGGACUCGGGCCCCGGCAGCCGCAGCGGGAGCCGCGAGAGGAGCAGCGAUGGGACCUCCGGGGACCCUCCCGGGGACCCCCCGGGACCUCCCCGGCGCCACGACCCCGGCAGGUUCCGUCUCCAGCUGGGGGGGCCCCGGGCACAGGCCCUGGCGCAGCGCCGGCGUCGGGCACAGGAGGAGCCCCUGGAGCUGCUCCCGGAGAGCGCCCUGGAGCUGGACCCUGACACCCUCUACGGGCCUGGGCUGGAUUUCCCCCGGAGACCCCCCUGGAGCUUCGCCAUGAGCCCCCAGGAGCUGCGGGCGCGGGAGGAGGCGGCGUUUGGGGCCUUCCUGAGGAGCCUCCGUGAGGGGAACCCCCCCGGCACACGAGGGGGGGGACAACGAUGGGGACGAGGAGGGCGGCGGCCUGGCCCCCUUUGAGCACAACCUGGAGACGUGGCGCCAGCUCUGGAGGGUGCUGGAAAUGUCCGACAUCAUCCUGCUCAUCACUGACGCCCGGCACCCGGUGCUGAACGUGCCCCCCGCCCUGGCUGCGCACGU